AUGGAUCUCUUCAACUCCCCAGAAUUCUCAUCCCAUGUCGAGUCCCUUCUUGAGGAACAUCAUGUCCCCGGCAUUGCUAUUGCUUUAGUGCAAGAUGAGCAUGUAGCAUCGAAGGGUUACGGCUACGCAUUGCUCGAGCCACGCAAACCAUGCACUGCAGAUACACUAUUUGACAUUGCCUCUUGUUCCAAGUCUUUGACUGCAGCCUCUGUAGCAUUGCUCGUCGAGAGCGAUGAAUAUCCAGAUGUCAAAUGGGACGCAAAGAUGUCAGAUCUUCUCCCAGACGACUUUGUUUUGUCCGAGGAAAGCUACACAAAAGACGUUACUGUGGAAGACGUUCUCAGCCACAGGACUGGCGUGCCUCGCCAUGACUGGUCUUAUUUCGGUAUUCGGGCUGCGCAGCCCCCCAACACCAGGUCAAUCGUCAGGAGCCUGCGACACCUGCCCGUGGCCGUUCCGAUCCGAUCAAAGCAGAUAUACAACAACAUGAUGUAUACCGCCGCAGUUCACCUUGUCGAGCAGAAGAGCGGGUUAUCGUUCUCCGACUAUCUUCACAAGCACUUCUUCGAGCCUCUCGGGAUGGGUUCAACUAGUCUCCAGCCGUCGCGUGCCCGAGAUAGAGGGUUCGGGGAUCGCAUUACAGCAGGCCACGCUUGGAAAAAAGAUGAGGAAACAUACCAAAGUUUUCAAACCCCAGAGUGUCCCGAGGCUGAGGGAGCAGGUUCAAUCAUCACAAGCGCAAAUGACUACAUCAAAUGGGUCAAGGCAAUGAUCAACCACGAAGGUCCUAUAACUGAGGAUGUUAUCAAUGGCAUCAUAAAGCCACGCAUAAUAAAUGAUAUGGAUGACGACGAUCUUGACCCUUUUACCGACCCCGGGUCCUAUGCUGUAGGCUGGGAUAUCUUCUAUUACCGUGGACACAAAGUUGUCACGCACAAUGGCGGCGUCCCCGGCUUUGGUACUCGUCAUACUUUCCUGCCAGAUCACAAGUUUGGCUGCGCUGUCUUUGGAAACUCUGGUUCUGGAGGCACUAUCGCAGACAUUGUAGUCAAAGAGUUGAUCGAUGAGAUCCUCAAAGUACCAAAAGGUGAUCGUGUUGACUGGAACAAAAGGGAGCAUGAUAAUGAAAAGAAGUGGCAGUCGGGGGAACAGGAGAGGCUUGAAAAGCUGCGACGGGAACUGUGCCCCGGAAUCAAGGAGUCGCAGCCUCAAACACAGCCUCUCGGCGCAUACACGGGCGAUUACCACAAUGCCGGCUACCAUGGCAUGACCGUCGAGGUGAAAGAUGGGAAGCUGUUCAUUGACGCCUCGGAUCGGUCCAUGGGUUUCUUUGUCACAUUUGAACAUGUAUGUGACCAAACCAAAUACCUCAUGCACAUGAAAGACUACCUGGAUGGUGAGGUGUUUAGCAAGAAAGCCGAAUUUGUUCUGGAAAACGGCAAAGCCACACGCAUGGGUCUUCUGUUGGAAGACAGUCUCGAUGAUUAUAUAUGGUUUGAGAGACCAUGA